UUGAUUUAUUUCAGCUUCUUUCAUCACAUUCACAGUGGGUCAGAAGUUUACGUACACUCAAUUAGUAUUUGGUAGCAUUGCCUUUAAAUUUUUUUACUUGGGUCAAACAUUUCGGGUAGCCUUCCACAAGCUUCCCACAAUAAGUUGGGUGAAUUUUGGUCCAUUCCUCCUGACAGAGCUGGUGUUACUGAGUCAGGUUUGUAAGGCCUCCUUGCUCGCACAUGCUUUUUCAGUUCUGCUCACAAAUUUUCUAUAGGAUUGAUGUCAGGGCUUUGUGAUGGCCACUCCAAUACCUUGACUUUGUUGUCCUUAAGCCAUUUUGCCACAACUUUGGAAGUAUGCUUGGGGUCAUUGUCCAUUUGGAAGACCCAUUUGCAACCAACCGUUAACUUCCUGACUGAUGUCUUGAGAUGUUGCUUCACUAUAUCCACAUAAUUUUCCUCCCUCAUUGAUGUCAUCUAUUUUGUGAUGUGAACCAGUCCCGUCUGCAGCAAAGCAACGCCACAACAUGAUGCUACGACCCUGGUGCUUCACUAUUGGGAUAGUGUUCUUUGGCUUGCAAGCCUCUCGCUUUUCCUCCAAACAUAACGAUGGUCAUUAUAGCCAAACAUUUCUAUUUUUGUUUCAUCAGAACAGAGGACAUUUCUCCAAAAAGUAUGAUCUUUGUCCCCAUGUGCAGUUGCAAACCGUAGUCUUUUUUUAUUGCGGUUUUGGAGCCGUGGCUUCUUCCUUGCUGAGCAGCCUUUCAGGUUACGUCGAUAUAGGACUCGUUUUACUGUGCCUGUACCUGAUUGUACCUGAUUCCUACAGCAUUUUUACAAGGUCCCUUGCUGCUGUUAUGUGAUUGAUUUUCACUUUUCGCAUCAAAGUACGUUAAUCUCUAGGAGACAGAACGUGUCUCCUUCCUGAGCGAUAUGACGGCUGCUUGGUUCCAGGGUGUUUAUACUUGUGCACUAUUGUUUGUACAGAUGAACGUGGUACUUUCAGGCAUUUGGAAAUUGCUCCCAAGGAUGAACCUGACUUGUGGAGGUCUACAAUUAUUUUUCGGAGGUCUUGGCUGAUUUUUAAAAAUAUUUUCCCAUGAUGUCAAGCAAAGAGGCACUGAUUUGAAGUUACAAGUUAUGGUACAACUACCUGAGAGAGAGACGGAAACAGGUCAAAGGGAAGUGCAUCAUGGAGCCAGCCUACGAGGAGAUCAACAACUGCCAUGAAAGAGCACUGGUUUUCAUGCACAAGAUGCCGAGGAUAUGGCUGGACUACUGCCAGUUCCUGGUGUCUCAGUGUAAGAUCACCAGGAGCAGACGCACAUUUGACCGAGCGCUCCGAGCCCUUCCCGUCACUCAGCACCCUCGCAUCUGGCCCCUGUACCUCCGCUUUGCCCGGAACCUGCCCCUGCCUGAGACCGCCAUCCGUGUCUACCGCAGGUACCUCAAGCUGUCCCCAGAGAAUGCGGAGGAGUACAUAGAUUACCUGCGUUCCUGUGGCAAGCUGGAUGAAGCAGCAGUACGUCUGGCAGCCGUUGUCAACGAUGAGAGCUUUGUGUCCAAGGAGGGAAAGUCUAACUACCAGCUAUGGCACGAGCUGUGUGACCUGAUCUCUCAGAACCCAGACAAGGUGAACUCUCUGAAUGUUGGGGCCAUCAUCCGUGGAGGCCUCACUCGCUUCACAGACCAGCUGGGCAAACUCUGGUGCUCCCUGGCUGACUACUACAUCCGCAGUGGACAUUUUGAAAAGGCUCGUGAUGUGUAUGAGGAGGCCAUCUUGACGGUGGUGACGGUAAGAGAUUUCACCCAGGUGUUCGACAGCUACGCCCAGUUUGAGGAGAGCAUGAUCGCUGCCAAGAUGGAGACUACCUCAGAGUUGGGGAAAGAUGAAGAAGAGGACAUAGACCUGGAACUGCGUUUGGCCCGCUUUGAGCAGCUGAUCGCCCGCAGGCCCCUCCUGCUGAACAGUGUGCUGCUGAGACAGAAUCCCCACAACGUCCACGAGUGGCAUAAGAGGGUCAAACUGUACGAGGGGAAACCACGACAGAUCAUCAACACCUACACAGAGGCAGUUCAGACAGUGGACCCUAUGAAGGCUACUGGGAAACCCAGCUCUCUCUGGGUCUCCUUCGCCAAGUUCUACGAGGAGAACGAGCAGCUAGACGACGCGCGGACCAUCUUUGAGAAAGCCACCAAGGUGAACUAUAAGCAGGUUGACGACCUGGCUGGCGUGUGGUGUGAAUACGGAGAGAUGGAGCUACGCCAUGAGAACUACGAACAGGCGCUACGUAUACUGAGGAAAGCAACUGCCAUCCCGUCCAAGAAGGCAGAGUACUUUGACGUGUCAGAGCCCGUGCAGAACAGAGUGUACAAGUCUCUGAAGGUCUGGUCCAUGCUGGCUGACCUGGAGGAGAGUAUGGGAACAUUCCAGUCCACCAAGGCGGUGUACGACCGCAUCAUUGACCUGCGCAUAGCCACGCCCCAGAUAAUCAUCAACUACGCCAUGUUCCUGGAGGAGCACAACUACUUUGAGGAGAGCUUCAAGGCGUACGAGCGUGGCAUCGCCCUCUUCAGGUGGCCCAACGUCUAUGACAUCUGGAACACCUACCUCACCAAAUUCAUCGACCGCUACGGGGGCAAAAAGCUGGAGAGGGCCCGGGACCUGUUUGAGCAGGCGCUGGAUGGCUGUCCAGCCAAGUUCGCCAAGACCAUCUACCUGCUGUACGCCAAACUGGAAGAGGAGUUUGGGUUGGCGCGUCACGCCAUGGCGGUGUACGAGAGAGCUACGCAGGCGGUGGACAACACGGAGAGGCAUCACAUGUUCAACAUAUACAUCAAGAGGGCUGCAGAGAUCUACGGUGUCACCUACACCAGAGCGAUCUACCAGAAAGCCAUCGAGGUGCUUCCAGACGAACACUCCAGGGACAUGUGCCUGCGCUUCGCUGACAUGGAGAGCAAACUGGGCGAGAUCGACCGGGGCAGAGCCAUAUACUCCUAUUGCUCUCAGAUCUGUGACCCACGGAUGACGGCCACGUUCUGGCAGACGUGGAAGGAGUUUGAGAUCCGCCAUGGGAACGAAGACACUAUCCGGGAGAUGCUGAGGAUCAAGCGCAGCGUCCAGGCCACGUACAACACACAGGUCAACUUCAUGUCCUCACAGAUGAUGAAGGCCACCACCAACGCCACCAUCUCAGACCUUGCCCCGGGUCAGCUGGGGCUGGAUGAUAUGAAGCUGUUGGAGCAGCAGGCCCAACAGCUGGCCGCCGAGGCUGAACAGGACAAACCCAAACUCAAAGAGAAGAUCCUCUUCGUCAGGAGUGACACAUCUCGCAGUGAGCUGGCUGAACUGGCCAAACAAGCCAACCCCGAUGAGAUUGAUAUUGAUGAUGAGGAUGGUGAUGAUGAAGACCAGGGCCCAGAGGAGCUGCCCCGGUCAACUAAGUGCUGUUAUUGUGAAGUGAAAUCAUCUAGGAGCAAUAUGGUUCAGCCGCGAAGAGGUAGGCCACACAUCUGUCCUCGGUUGCAACACUCACUACUGAGUUCUAAACUGUCUCUGAACUGUUGUUGGGAGCGUCAUGAAAUGCGUUUCCAUGGCCAAGCAGGCGCACACAAGCCUAAGAUCCCCAUGCGCAAUGCCAAGCAUCAGCUGGAGUGGUGUAAAGCUUGCCAAUAUUGAACUCUGGAGCAGUAGAAAUGUGUUCUUUGGAGUGAUGAAUCACGAUUCACAUUCUGGGUUUGGCGGAUGCCAGGAGAACGCUACCUGCCCGAAUGCAUAGUGCCAACUGUAAAGUUUGGUGGAGGAGGAUUAAUGGUCUGGUGCUGUUUUUCAUGGUUUGGGCAAGGCCCCUUAGUUCCAAUGAAGGGAAAUCUUAACGCUCCAGCAUGCAAUGACAUUCUAGACGAUUCUGUGCUUCCAACUUUGUGGCAACAAUUUGGGGGAAGGCUCUUUCCUGUUUCAGCAUGACAAUGCCCCAGUCCACAAAUCGAGGUGCAUACAGAAAUGGUUUGUCGAGAUCAGGGUGGAGUCCUGACCUCAACCCCAUCAAACACCUUUGGGAUGAAUUGGAACCUAAUCGCCCAACAUCAGUGCCCGCAGCAAUGUUCCAACAUCUAGUGGAGCGCAUUCCCAGAAGAGUGGAGGCUGUAAUAGCAACAAAGGGGGGACCAACUCCACUAGAUGUUGGAACAUUGCUGUGGGUACGGAUGUUGACCAAUUAGGUUCCAAUUCAUCCCAAAUGUUUUUGAACGAGCAGGUGUGUGUCCACAUACUUUGAGAGAGUGAGAGAUGCCUUGCAGGCACAGCGUGAUGGCUGCAACAAGCAUGUGACCUGUUUACUUUGAGAGUGGUGUCAAUGUUCCAAAUGGCACCCUAUCCCCUAUAUAGUGCACUUUUAACUGGUCAUAGGUAGUCCACUAUAUAGAGGAUAGGGUGCCAUUUGAGACACUACCAUGGUGUUUAUGUAAAUGUCUGCUU